GAAAAUCAUCUUGUGCAAGUCCAAUUUUGCAUUUGCAACACUCAAGCCGAAAUGCCCCUGCGAAGCAGUAAUCCUAAACCACGCUCCAAGUGAUACACGUUGAUUUACGAGUCCGGUUCUCGCACAAGCGUCCGCGGUGGCCAGGCAACGUUCCGACACUCCACGCCAUUGCUUGUGCUUUUCCUGUGAUUGAGGCACUGCCACGGCAGCCAUUGAUGGAGCGCAAGACUGUCUGGUAAACCGGUCACCGAGGUUGUCGGGUCCCUUCGCUUGCGCACGCGCGAGCAAAGUGAUGUCAACCGCGGUCGCAUCGACAACCGCCACGACAGCGCAACGCCGCAGCCUCCAGCUGCGCGCAUCUGCGCUGGGUGGCAAGCUGCCAUGCGCCAAACCGCCUAGCUGUCUGUCGUUGCGGCCGUUGCAGCCACGCAGCUGGACAGGGCAAGCCGCAGUACCGGCGCCGCUACUGAUGGCAGCGUCCCGCGCACAGGCCCACGUCCUCCCGCGCCUGGGCUCCCGCUGGCGCCCCAUCCAGCUGUCGGUUCCAUGCAGCCGUGCCAGUAGCUGCACCCGAAGCAGCUAUGGCAGCGCAGCCUGUGGCCCCGUCGCACGCGGGCCACUGGAGACGCCGGGUCUCGGACGAGCCAGCUGGGCGCCUGUGGCCGCACGCGACUGGCCAGCCUCUCGACUGUCGGCUUCGCUGGCGGCGGCGCCAACAAAAUUCUGUACAGGGCUGUCGCCUGUCGCGUGCUGUUGCGCCGCUGGCGGCGGGGGCGGCGCUGGCGCCGGCACGGGCCCCUCCGCAGUUUCUGAGGACACGCCCGCUGGCAGCAGCCGCAAGCCCAGGGGGUUGAUGAGCCGUAGCACAGCCGCCACUGUUGACCUCGACCAGCUUGAUGAGGGCCAGCCGGAUUACAACGCAGGGCCAACCGCUGUAGUAGCUACUGCCAGCGCUGGCAGCGGCAGUAGCACUGCGCCUGCGGCAGUAGCAGCGGCAGUGGCGCCCGCAGCGUCGAACCCGGUGGGCGGCGCCAGCACGGUGGCGGUGCAGGCGGCGGGGUCUGGCGGCUGGUGGCUGCCCGGGAGCCCAGUUGUGGCGGGCGCGAGUGGCAGCAGUAUGGACGUGGCCGCGGCUGCGGGCGGCUUCGGCAUCAGCGUAGGCGACCUGGCAAGACUGGUGUCGUACGCAUUUGAUCACGACGGCUGCCUGCCGCCCUGCGUCACCGCUGCCGCCCUGACGGCGGCCCUGCGCACCGCCGUGCCUGGCAUCACCGCCAGCCCCACCGCCCCGGCCACCGCCACCACCACCACGCCCCCCUCCGCCUCAGGUGCCGCCACAACAGCCACCACGGCAGUAUCCCCGGCACCGGCCGCUGCCGUGGCGGCUGCGGGCAUCCCGGACCCGGCGGUGGACCCGGCGGACGCGGCGGCUCGUGCGGCGGCGUUUGGCGUGAACAGCCUGCCUCCGGCGCACGAGGUGACGUUCUGGGAGCUGGUGGCGGAGGCGCUGGAGGACUUCACCGUGCAGGCGCUGCUGGCCGCGGGGCUGCUGUCGUUGGGCCUGUCAUCUCUGGAGGGCCCCGCUGCGGGCAGUGCGGACUGGGUGGAGGGCGUGGCCAUCCUGGGCACGGUGGCGCUGGUGGUGGCGGUGGGCGCGGGGACGGGCUACGCCAAGGAGGCCAAGUUCCGACAGCUGAACGCGCUCAAAGACGACGUGCAGGUGCGCGUCAUCCGCGGCGGCGGCCCGCCCACCCCCCUACCUGCCCGGCAGCUGCUGGUGGGCGACCUGUUGCUGGUGGAGGCGGGGGACAUCCUGCAGGCGGAUGGCUUACUGGUGGCGGGAGACGAGAUCCGGCUGGAUCAAAGCCACCUGACGGGCGAGUCGGAUGAUGUCAUCCGCUGCGCCGAGCCCCUGGACUCUGCUGGUGGCGCCGCCGCCGGCAGCAUGAUGCAGCGCUACAGCGGUGGCGCAACGCCGCCGGCGGCGCCCGCGGCGCCCGCCGCCUCCAUUGUUCUGUCUGGCAGCAAGGUGCUCGACGGUUACGGGCGCAUGGUGGUCCUGGCGGUUGGGCCGUACAGUCAGCAGGGGUCCAUCAACACAAUGAUGCGCGGGGCGGCGGCGACAGCGGCUGGAGUACGGGUGCCGCCGCCGGCGGUGGCACCAGCUGGCGGCGCGGCGUCGGCUGGCUCGGCGUCGGCAUCGGUGGACGAAAGGCCGGCGGCACCGCUGCCUGCGGUGGCGACGACAUCAGCCCAUGGCCCCUCGCGCGGCGCUUCGGGAAGCAGCGGCGGUCCUGCAAUGACGGCAACGGCAUCCGCAGCAGUACCAGCUGCGGCUGCAGAUGCGCCUCCUCAGCGCUCAGGGGCAGAGGCGGCGCUGGCAUCCACUGCAGCUGGCUUCCAGCCUGCGGCACCGCAAGCAGCGCCAGCCGAGCCUUCCACGACCCAUCCCGGUAGCAGCGGCACCAGCACCCACGGCAGUAGCCGCAGCAGUAGUGGCAAUGCCGCUCACGCCGACGCUGCCUCCCGCUCCAAGCGCAAGCGCACCACGCAGGGCGCGCGGCGGGGCCGCCAGCUGGUCAAGCUGGGCGGUGUGGCGGCCUCGGGCGCAUUUGCUGCCGCCAGUAGUGUGCUCGCCUCAGUCACCUCGCUCGCCAGCUUUGAUGGCGACCUGCCGCCGGGAUCUGGCGACGCCGCCGCCAGGGAGGCGGCGGAGGCGGAAGCCGCCGUUAAGGCCGCGGCCGCGGAGGCAGCAGACAAGGCAGCGGCCGCCAAUCGGGCGGCAUCCGGCGGCGGCGAUGGCGCCGGUGGUGCCGACCCGGUGCCGCUGCUGCUUUCCAAUGGGCCUCUGGGGCCAGAGGCACCGGCGGCUGUGGUACCGGCGCCGGCGCCAGGCUCUCGCGGGCCUCGUGACAGGACGCCGCUGGGCACAAUGGGGACGAUGGGGUCAGUGGAUUUCCCGAUGCUGGGCUCGACACCGCUGUCUACCCCGGGCAGUGGCACCGCCGCCACCACAACGGGCACAACCGUCACAACAACCAUGGAUCAGGUCGCUGCACCCGCUGCUGCGGCUGCUACAGCCGCCGCUGGCGCUGGCGUAGAUGCUACUGCCGGCGGUCGGCUGCGCGCGGCGGCGAGGGCGCUGGUGGCUGGGCCGCCGACUACUGGGGACCAAGCUGCUGCCGGCACGCAGGCGCAAGCAGCGGCGGCUGGCGUGCCUGCAGAGGACGGCAGUAUCACCACUGCUGCUGCUGCAGCUGCUACUGCCUCGGCCGCUGCGGCUAGUGUCAUGUCGGACAGCGAGGGCUCGGGGCUGCGAGGGGAGACCUUCCUCAUGCAGAAGCUGCAGGGUCUGGCCCAGGCCAUCGGCGCCUUCGGAGUGGCUGCUGCGGGGGCGGUGUUCGCGGUGAAUGCCGCCGCACUUACCGGUGAGCUGUUGACGGCGGCGGGCGCCGUGGCGGGCGGCGGACCGCCGCUGCCUGAGGCCGUGGACAUUGCCAAGUCGUACCUGGACCUGGUCAUCACCUCCAUCACCAUCCUGGUGGUGGCGGUGCCGGAGGGCCUGCCGCUGGCCGUGACGCUGGCGCUGGCCUUCAGCGUGCAGCGCAUGCUGGCGGACAACAACCUGGUGCGGCAGCUGGGAGCCUGCGAGACCAUGGGCGCAGCCACCACCAUCUGCAGUGACAAGACCGGUACACUCACCAGCAACAACAUGACUGUGGUGCGUCUCUGGACGGCUGGCCGCCACUUUGGGGUGAAGCCGCUACAGCCGCAGCAGCAACUACUGCCGGCGGCGGCGACGCCGUCAGGCGCGGUCGCUUCUACAACUGGUGCUAGUGUCGGUGGCGGCGACGGAGGAGUAGGCAAUAGCGCAACAACGCGGACCCCAGUUGCUCCCUUCGACAGGGUGCCAUCCAGCUCUGGCGGCACCGGGGCCACCGGCUCCCUCAGCGCUGGCGGCAUGGCCUCCUCUUGGCGCACUGCUACAGCCUCCACGACAACCUCCGCUACAGCCACCGCGGUUGCCGCUGCCGCUGCUACAGCCGGCAGGGUGGCGGCGCAGCUGGUGCCGCUGCCCGCUAUGGAGGACAGCCAGGCCAGCCUCACCUCAGGCAGCGACGUAGAGGCGGCGGCUGGAAGUGCGGCUGGCAGUAGCAAGGGUGUGCCAGGAAUGCGUGGCCGUGUGGUGGAGCGGGAGGAGACCCUGCUAGCGGCGCUGGCGGCUGUAGCAGAUGCAGAGGCAGAGGCGCUGGCGGCGAUCAGCGGCAGCAGCAGCAGUGACGCCGUGGGCGUUCUGAGCGCUCCUGCUACUGCCGGCGGCGGUGGCGGAGGUGCUGCUACUGCCGGGCAACAGCUGCUGCCGGGCCGCAUCCGGGACCUGCUGGUGCAGGGGCUUGUGCUCAACUCAACCGCGUGCCUUAAACCCAACCCCACUACUGGCGGCUUCGACCGCAGCGGCUCCCCCACCGAGUGUGCCCUGCUGGAAUUGCCCCACCGCCUGGGCUGGGGCUGGGGCUGGGGACACGGCGGCAGUAGCACCAGCACCGCCGCUGUUGUGGCAGCGCCAGCAGCACCGGCUGCGGCAUCGGCAGAGUCGGCGGCGGGCGCGGCGGCAGCGGGCGUGGGCCACUGCGGCGGUGACACCGCUGCCGCACGCGACUCGGGCGUAGCCUGUAGCACCAGCAAAAGCAGUAGCAACGCUGGCACGCACAUCCUGCAGCUCGUGCCUUUUUCCUCCGCUCGCAAACGCAUGAGUGUGGUUGUGGACGGCCCCUGUCAGGCCGGCUUGGGACAGCUGCCAGCCUUCUUCGGCGACAGCUACCCGCCCCACAGCCGCACCCUCAGCAGUAGCAUUGGCACCAUGCAGAGUGUUGACAUGGAGGACGCGAGGAGUGGCGGGCCCGGCGACAGUAGCAUAGGCAGCAGCAGUGGCACGGCCAACAGCAGCAGUGCACGUGUUGGCAGCGUCAGGGCAAGCGAUGAGGAUGGCGGGACAAGUGCCGCGCUCGAGAUCAGCGCCAGCAGCAGCAACGGCAGUAGCAGCAGUGCUGGUGCCGGACCGCCUCUAAGCCCGGUGCGGGUGCUGACCAAGGGCGCGGCUGAGCUGGUGUUGGAGAGGUGCAGCUGGGUGCUACUGCCCCGGGGGGAGGGCCAGGACGGCGGCGGUGGCGGGGAAGUCGCGGGCGACACGGAGGUGCGGCCGCUGAGCGCGGAGCAGAAGCAGCGCCUGCUGGCUUCCUUCAGAGGCCGUGGCGGCGGCGCAUUGCGGCUAUUGGCACUUGCGUAUCGUGACAUGCUUGUGCCGCUACAGCCCCCGCCCACCGCUGCCGCCGCCGCCGCCUCUGCUCCGUCAGUGGCGGCGCCGGCUACUGCCGAUCAAGCCAGGGCAGCGGGUGGCAGUCGCAGCAGUAGCCAAGGGGUAGUGGGCGGUGCGGCAUCCAUGGGCGGCCGCAGCGAGAUGGGGGCAGCUGGCAGAGGCGCGGGCAGCAGCGAGGGCGCUGGCGAGGCAGCUGCCACUGCUGCUGCUGCUGCCAAGGCUACUGCUGUCCCCAUUGACACGCGGUCAUUGAAGCUGGACCCAGAGUACCUGGAGAAGGACCUGGUGUUGGUGGGGCUGGUGGGCCUGCAAGACCCGCUGAGGCCCGAGGUGCCUGGGGCGGUGGCGGCGUGCACACGCGCGGGCAUCACGGUGCGCAUGGUGACGGGCGACAACGCCACCACCGCCGCCUGCAUCGCACAGCAGGCAGGCAUCCUGCCGCCCGCAGCUGACCCAGCACACCUGGUCGUCCGCGGCGCCGCCACCGCCGCCUCUCUGGUCGCCGCCGCCACCUCCGCCACCGCCUCCCCUGCCCCGACCUCCUCCACCUCCGCAUACUUCACCGCACCCACCACACCGCUUGUGCUCGAGGGUGCGACCUUCCGCCAGCUCGUGACCUCGCCCGACUACCCAGGCGCCCGGCUGCCCAUUCUGGGCGGCGGGGGCGGUGCAGGUGGCGGCGGCGGCCCCGGCGGCGGCGGUGUGGCGCCGCCGGCCGUGAACCGCGAGGCGUUUUUGGCUCUGUGGCCGCGGCUGCGUGUGUUGGCUCGCUGCAGCCCCGGGGAUAAAUUCAUGCUGGUCACCGCUGUACGGCAGCUGCGGGAGCAGGGCGCGCUGGAGGAGGUUGUGGCGGUGACAGGCGACGGCACAAAUGACGCUCCGGCACUGACGGCGGCGGACGUGGGCUUUUGCAUGGCCAGCGGCACACCCAUCGCCAAGGAGGCCGCCGACAUCCUGCUCCUGGACAGCUCGUUUGCACCCAUUGUGGCGGCGGUGGCAUGGGGGCGCAACGUGUACGCCUCAGUCACACGCUUCCUGCAGUUCCAGCUCACAGCCAACGUGGUCGCGGUGGCUGUGGCGGUGGGCGGCGCUGUGUGGCUGGGUACCUCACCCCUGUCCGCCGUGCAGAUGCUGUGGGUGAACCUGAUCAUGGACUCUCUGGCCUCACUGGCGCUGGCCACCGAGGCGCCAACCGCGUCUAUGCUAACGGAUCCACCAAACCGACCCAACGACCCGCUCAUCACACCCAUCGUCAUGAAGCACGUCGUGGGGCAGGCCGCUUUCCAGCUGGCGGCGUUGUACGGGAUUCUGGUGGCACUGCAGCAUUACUCAUCGUACGGCGCGGCUGACCUGGAGGCGGCGUACGGCGCCGGCGGCCUGCAGGCAGCGGCAGCGGCGCUGUUCGCCACUGGCGCCCAUGCAGGCGCCGCCGCCGCUGCGGCUGCUGGUGGCGCGGCGCAGGCGGCUGGCGCUGCUGCGGCUGCUACAGCUGCUACGGCCGGUGGCGUUGUUGGUGGUGGCCUGGUGCCGGCGGACACGACCCUGGUGUUCAAUGCGUUCGUGUGCAUGCAGCUGUUCAACCAGGUCAACUGCAGGCGUGUCCGGGACGAGGCGGAUGUGACGGAGGGCCUGGCCGCCCACCCGCUGUUUCUGGGCAUUGUGGGCGCGGAGGCAGGCCUGCAGGCGGCCAUUGUGCAGUGGGGCGGUGAUGCCUUCUCAACCUCACCUCUGUCGCCCGCGCAGUGGGGGCUGUGCCUGGGGCUGGGCGCGGGCGUGAUGGCAGUGCGCGAGGGGCUGCGGCGUGUCAAACUGUGAGACGGGAGGCGGCAUGAGCAUGAUGCCGGGAGAAAGGGAUGGAGAGCGCCGGGCGCGCGCAUGUACAGAACAAAUGUAAUUAUCAGGAAAGCAGCCAAGGGAGCUUUGGAGGUGGGAUUGGUGCUGGCGGGAAUGGACUAUGGUGGAUGGAUGCGGAUACAGCGGACUGCGGAAUGCCUUGAUGGCGCAUGCCGAGGAAUGUCUUUUACGGCGGAUUGCGUAGGGAGGACAAGGGUGUUGAUGUUGACGAUGAGCUGGCAGGUCCGAGCCCCAAACUGUAUCUACCUCACCAACCGGAGUUUACUGACCAGCAACUACUACAGACCUUUAGGAGUCACUAACGAAAUCGGUAAUCAUCAUUUGCACUGUGCCUGAAAUGGUAGCAAGUGCAUGGGCAAGGUGACGGAGCUGGCGGUGGUGGCGCGCAAGGUGAUUGAGAAGGCGGCGGCGAAGAGAAGGCGAAGCAGCAACUGGCGGAGGAGGAGAAGGCGAAGCAGGCUAAGGAGGUGCUGAUCAUUAGCGACAGUGACUGAGGCGUCAUAGGUUAGAUGGUCUGGUGCGUGAUACUGGUUUGCUGCCGCAUGCAUGCCGCACUUCCACCGGGGUGGGGGGAGCAUGUGCGGGCAGGGAAGAUCUGGGUCAGUGAGGGGGCACACAACAUGAACGUCAGGCAAAGGGACCUCACGCAAAAAUGGGAAAGGAGGCAAAUGGGGCCAAGUAGAGGUGGAUGACACGUUAACCUCGGUUGUGGUGUGAGAGCAUGAAUGCAUGGCAGUGUAAGUUGGGGUGGCGACGGUAAUGUGCAAGGGAGUGCUGUCCGGCGCAUUAUAGUGUAUGUUGCCAUCCUGCACACUGUUUCUCUUGCAAGUUGCAAAGAAUACGAUGCGCACGCCAAGGGGAUUGUUUCGCGUUGUUGGACUUCAAGGACUGAUAUGUACUAUGUCCAAGCGACAUUGGAAGCCACCUCACGGUGCACCUCUUGUUGUGGCGCAUACAUGGUUACAGGGUGGCAGCAUGCCAACCACCUAACGGACUGCUGCGGAUGCAGCCGCUUCAUUGAUAUAGGUUGGAGCAAGCCACUGGUGAGCGCCCUACCGCAAAGUUUAUUUGGUAAAGCAUUCUGCACCUAGCUGAUGCACGCCAGGUGAAUAAUAUGUACGGUAGCACAUCGCGUGGUUGAAGCAUGAGAAAUUGGAAUUGUCGUUUGGGGCCGGGGCGGAUUGUAACGCUACAUGGCAGCAAAAAGUAAAUGCGCGCUGAUUUAUCGCAGCCCAGUAGAUGUUGCGACGUAAGUGCCGUGUUGCGUUAAAGUCACUCACGCUGUGCACGACGUUGCGUACUUUGUGCCCUAGCCAAUUCAACUCGGAAUACUGUUUUUUUAUCCAUAGGAUCGCCCCUGUCCAUGCGUGCCUGCCUGCCUGCCUGCCUGCCUGCGUGCGUGCCUGCGUCGAUAAGACGUACCAUACUGGCGCAAACCGCGAGUGUCUGGUUAGCGGUCUUUGCUGGCGAGCAUAGUGCCGCACAGUAUGUGUAGGCCGCAGCAAUGAGGAAUGUUGUGCUAGGGGAUUUCCUGCUGUUUGGCUGUCCUGUUCUGGCUGUGCUUGUGCUUGACACCGGGGCGUGCUGGAUGCAUGGCGGGCCGUGCCUGUACGAGCCGACCCCGGGUAUGUUUGGGAGAUAAGGUAAACGCUUGCGGCCUCAGGCGGGAGGCGUGGCGUGGGCGCAGCCCACUUUUUCCUUGUCGAAUCGUCCCCCCCGUGACA